AUGUCGCUCCACGACGAAAAGAUGGACAUCAAGCAUGACAGUGUUGCCAACGAGACUUCGGAUCUCAGUUCGGUUGAGUACGGCUCGCAUGGGAACGCAGACAGUGCUCGCGCCGUAGGUGCUGCCACCGAGACUACGCUGAUCUGCGGCAACGAAGUGGUUCUGAUUCCGCAGCCCUCCGUCGAUCCUCAUGAUCCGCUCAACAUGCCCGAAUGGCGAAAAUGGGCGACUUUGGUGGUACUCGGCUUCUUCUCGAUCUUCAGUGUGCUCUUGUCUUCGGGCAUGGGUGCAUUUACUGGCCUGAUGUACCAGGAGUACCACGGAGAUAGUCGCGUCUCUAACCUGCUCGUCUACCCCACGCUGUUUAUGGGGCUGGGGAACAUCGUCGGGAUUCCAGCCGGUAUCGCCAUUGGUCGACGCCCCGUGCUCAUCGUGUCGUCGUUGCUGCUCGCAUUUACCUCGAUGGGUUGUGGGCUGAGCCAGUCUUUGAACUCGCACUUUGCGGUGCGCGCCAUCAUGUCGCUCGCGGCGGGUCAGUCCGAAGCGCUCUGCCCCCUGAUUGUUCAGGAGAUCAACUUUCUCCAUGUCCGAGGAAAUCGAAUGGCUGUCUUUUCCGGUAUUCAGACGGUUGGGUUUUCGGUCAUGAUGAUCGCAACCGGACACAUUACCACCAACUUGGGCUGGAGGUGGUGGUACGGGAUUGUAGCCAUCCUUUCUCUGGUGGUGGCGAUUCUGUGCAUCCUCAUCAUUCCCGAGUCGAGGUACGAGCGGCAAGAGGCGUUGGUGCCGUCGGAGGAUAUCAACACGAGCGUGCCUAUCUUCUACACGGACAAGCGCAAGCCCAACCUGGACACAGCCACCUACGGCGCGUACACGUAUGCUUCGACUCUGCGCGUGUUUGUGGGGCCGAGCAGGUGGACCGAGGCAGGGCGGUGUCUGUUGUCGGCUCUGCACGUGCUAACGUAUCCGAACAUCUUUUGGCUGGUGCUGAUGAACUCGCUGUCGCUGUCGGCGUACAUUGUCAUGACGACCGAGUAUGCUGGCGCGCUGGGCUCGCCGCCGUAUCGAUUCAGCUACGAUGCGAUCGGAUACGUCAUGUCGGCGCAACUCAUCACCGCACUCAUCUUUGUGCCGCUGCAAGGAAUGGGGGGUGACUGGCUGGUCAAGAAGCUGGCCAAGAGCAACAAUGGGCAGACGCGACCCGAACACCGUCUGAUCCCGCUCAUCAUGCCUGUUGGACUAGCGGUCACGGCUUGCGUCGUCUUUGGAGAGACCUUAGCUGAUCCGUAUUCGUGGCACUGGACGGGGAUCGCGAUCCCGAUGAACGCCGUCUAUUUUACGUUCACCGCAGUGAUUCUGUGCUCGUACACUUACUCGAUCGAUGCGUACCCGCAAAAGACUGGAGCCGUGUUGCUGCUGUACUGCUCUUCGCGAGGCAUUGUGAGCUUCGGCGUGUCGCUCUCAACCGUAGACUUUUUGCAGAAGGCCGGUCCUCGAGGCGCUUUCAACGUUCUCGCUAUUCUGUUCGGAGUGGUUUCUGCGUUUGGGAUUCCUUUCUACAUUUUUGGUCCUGCUGUACGCCGCCUUACGGCACGAUAUUAG